AUGAGUUUUUGUUAAUUCCGGACCUCUUUUGUACCUUUGCGCCCCUCCAACAGCGUUAGGCUUGUACCUCGCAGCCGCGAUUUUUUUUGGGGCUUCCCUCUCUCUCUCUCUCUUUCUCUGUCUCUCUGUCCCCUCCUCUUCUGUUGUCUUUCGAUCUUCGCGGUCUGGCCUACUUCCCGAUCUCUUCUUCUCUCGACACAAAUUAGGGUUUCGAGCUUGAAGCACCUCGCAGCUGCUUCUCCCGGUUCUCCUCACUUUCUUUCUUUCUGCGGCCAGGUUACCUGGUUGUUUUAGGGUUUACAGAUCUACCAAGGUCCGGCUUCUGUUUCUUUCUCGAUCUUCAACAUGUUUUGGAAGCUGACGGCUCUGUCUACCUCUUCUCCUGUGGAAUCAGUGUUGGAUAAAGAAAACUUCACUUUGGAGGAGCUGUUGGAUGAAGAAGAAAUAAUUCAAGAAUGCAAAGCUAUGAAUAGUCGGCUCAUUAAUUUUCUACGAGAGAGAUCCCAAGUGGAGCAGCUGUUGCAUUACAUUGUUGAAGAACCUCCAGAGGAUUCUGAGAGCAAACGAGCCUUCAAGUUUCCUUUCAUUGCCUGUGAGAUAUUUACAUGUGAAAUUGACGUUAUUUUGAAGACUUUGGUGGAGGAAGAGGAGCUAAUGAAUUUACUCUUCUCCUUUUUGGAGCCGAACCGACCUCAUAGCCCAUUGCUGGCUGGGUAUUUCGGCAAGGUUGUUGUAUGCCUUAUGAUACGCAAGACUAUACCACUAAUGAAUUAUGUGCAAGCCCAUCAGGAUGUUUUCCGCCAACUGGUUGAUUUGAUAGGAAUCACAUCCAUCAUGGAGGUUCUAGUUCGACUUGUAGGUGCUGAUGACCAUGUGUACCCUAAUUUUAUGGAUGUUAUGCAAUGGUUGGCUGAUAGCAAUUUACUAGAAAUGAUCGUGGAUAAAUUGAGCCCAUCUAGUCCUCCUGAAGUUCAUGCUAACGCAGCAGAAACACUGUGUGCUAUAACUAGAAACACACCAUCAGCUCUAGCUGCAAAACUAUCAAGCCCAAGUUUUGUCGUAAGGAUAUUUGGUCAUGCAUUGGAACAUUCACAUUCAAAAUCUGCCCUCGUCCACUCAUUAUCUGUGUGCAUUUCUUUAUUGGAUCCAAAAAGAUCAGCUUCUCCCUUGAUUCAUUCUAUUCGGAGUCAACACAUGUAUGAGACACCCAUCCUUGUUAAUCCUGAGACUGUUGGUGCAAUGCUGCCUCAACUUGGUAAUUUGCUUACACUUUUGAAUGUGUCUUCUGACGAGAAGAUUUUGCCUACAACAUAUGGUGAACUGCGGCCUCCUCUUGGGAAGCAUCGUCUAAAGAUUGUGGAGUUCAUUGCAGUUUUAUUGCGAACUGGCAAUGAAGUUGCCGAGAAUGAAUUGGUUACCUCAGGAACUGUUCAACGAGUUCUUGAUCUCUUUUUUGAGUACCCAUACAAUAACUCAUUGCAUCAUCAUGUAGAGAGCAUUAUAGUAUCAUGCUUGGAAAGCAAGAGCAAUACCAUUGUUGAUCAUCUUCUUCAAGAUUGUGAUUUGAUUGGGAAAAUUCUUCAAACAGAUAAACAUCCCAUUCUUUCUGAUGAUCUAAGCCAGCCAACUUUACCUGCUGCUGGAAGACGGGCUCCGCGGGCAGGAUACCUUGGUCACAUCACAAGAAUUUCUAAUAAGCUCGUUCAGUUAGGGAACAGUAACGGCUGCAUCCAAGCCUAUCUUCAGGAAAAUGAUGAAUGGGGUGAGUGGCAAGCUACUGUUCUGCAGGAGCGUAAUGCAGUUGAAAAUGUCUACCGUUGGGUUUGCGGCCGCCCAACUGCAUUGCAGGAUAGGAUGAGAGAUAGUGAUGAGGAUGACCUCCAUGAUAGGGAUUAUGAUGUGGCAGCUUUAGCAAAUAAUCUAAGCCAGGCAUUUAGAUACAACAUGUAUCGGAAUGAGGAUGCUGAAGAGGAUCAUGGAGCUCUUGAUCGUGAUGAUGAGGAUGUGUACUUCGAUGAUGAAUCUGCUGAAGUUGUGAUAUCGUCCCUCAGGCUUGGCGAUGAUCAAGGGAGCAGCUUGUUCACAAAUUCCAACUGGUUUGCAUUCCAAGAUGACAGAAUUGAUAAUGCACCUAGGAGCACUUCACCAUCAGAGACAAUGGAUGAAAUCAACUUAAAUGGGACAGCAAAUGGUGGUAGCAGCAGUAGUGAUGAUGAGGUGGUGGUUGGGGAGGAUGAGGAGCUGGCUGAAGGAAAACAUUCUGUCAAUGGCACAUCUAGUUCCAACACAAACUUCCUGAGUGAAUUUACUGGGAACAGUUUUGGGAAUGGUGGGGAAUGGAACCCACAGAAUGAGAAGGCAAGUGCUUCUGGUGACCCGGGUUUUUUCCGUUUUGAAACACCGGACAAUGAAGACCUUUUUGGAGAUAGGCCGUUGCCUGAUUGGGUUGCCUGGGGGGAUUCAACUGAUUUGCAAGUUGGAGGCUUGAGUGUGAAUCCAUUUGAUGAUCAUGCCGACACCGAAUAUAAUUCUUCCAGUCCAUCUGAGGCAGCAGCAAUAGUGGCACCAAGUGUUUGUUCCCCUUCGAAUGGAGGGCCCUCUCUAUCAAAUGGUUCUUCCCCCUCUAAAGAUUCUAGUGAUGGGUCGGUGGCGUCCGAUGGCAGCCAGAGAUCUGCUGCAGUUCCAUCAUUGUUUGAAGAGGAUGUUGAAUUUGUAGGCGUAGAAUUAGAGGGUACUGAGAAAGCUAUGGAACAGGCUCUCAAGGAGGGGAUAGUUGGGGAAGCAGGGCCAUUGAAGAGGAACAUAAUCAAGAAAGUGUCAGAUAAGGAGAGUUCUGACGAGGGUGGGGCUGGGAUGAAGGAGUUCAAUGACGCAAAUUACUGGAGAGUUGAUCAAGAGGUAGCUGUUUUGGAGUGAAGGUGGGUUGCUCCGUUUGCUUUGUUUGAAUCUGACACUUUGAUCCAACAGCCAGAGACCCCCAUUUUUAGGCUUGCAAGGGGCUUUGCAGCAGAAAGUAUGUACAGUAUAUUUUUGCUUCCAAAUGGGGAUUAGGUGGUAGGUUAUGUUGUGGUUACGCCGUCUAUUAAUUGUUACACUUAUUGUUGUUUAUUAUUCAAGGUUUUCUUUCUUCUUGUUACUGAGUUGUGGGGCUUCCCCAUGUCCAUCAUAUUUAUAUUUCGUCUACUUUGGAAUCGUUCUUAUUGAUUUGUCCAUUUCCUCAAGCAGGACUUGCCAUUCUGAACCCUGGACUGGGUAUAGGAUAUGGACUGUAAGGUGUAUUGGUUUUGUCGUCUUGAUUUUGAUAGUUGCUGUCUUUUUUCAUUUGAUAUCUUUUAAUCAUGCCUUCUGUUUCUCUUGACUUA